AACACUCCUCGCGAGUAAUUGCCCCCGGAAUUGAUGCCAUUCCAGUGGGCGACCGAGACAGCGGCGGCUUGUGUCGAGUGUUUUGUCAAUCUUUUCACAGGUUGCUCCUCAUUUACGCUUUCGUUUUUGUUUUUUUUUGUUGUCAGGCGGCUUUGGACUUGGACGUCUGUGAAUGGGGAAAGCGCACCGGGUUGAAUCAGCUGUCCCCGGGAUUUCCUACAGCGCCCCUCACACGCUCGAUCGUAUUUCAGUCAUUUCAUUUUUUGUUUUUUGUUGAGGGGGUGGGAGGCUUGCGCAUCAGCUGUUGUUGGAUUGUGUGAUGGUUGCGCUGCAGUGAAACAGUUGGACAGUCACGUUCAGCCGGGCAUCAUGAACCUCUGGAGUCUGAAGUUAGUUCUUUUGACAGCACUUCAGGCUUUAUGUACCUCUGUCCCCGUUCUCUCCAGAUCUGCUGAAGGGAAUAUUUUGAGCAUGACUGUUCAACCCAGACCAACAGCAAAGCAGAAGCACUAUGGGACCACGGUGCCUCUUCAGCUUGUUGGAGGAGACUGGAAACCCAUCAGCCAGCUCGGGUCCCAGAGUCACCCUGCAUCGCUGAAGCUCCUGAUUGAAGCGGAAGGUGAGCAGCUGCUCUUGGCUCUGGAGAAGAACGAGGGGCUGUUUGCAAGUAACUAUACAGAAACCCAUUACCUGCAAGAUGGAAAUGCGGUCACAGGCUCUCACAACUUCACGGCAAACUGCUACUACCACGGCGAGGUGGAGGGUCGUGUCGACUCGGACGUCAGCCUCAGUACAUGUGCUGGUGUCAAGGGUUUCAUAACUCUCGAAGGCAAAUCCUACGUCCUGGAACCAUCUGCUGAUCACUCCGAUGAGACUCACUGGAUCUACACAGCUGAACACCUCAAUUUCGCCUCUGGCACCUGUGGCCAUGAUUUCAACAUAUCCUACCCCACUGAUGCUGCAGCCAGCAGUCCCUUCAGGGCUUUCAGCACAAGGCAUAAACGCCACGUCCAGACUACGACCAAGUACGUGGAGCUGAUCAUUGUGGCUGACAACAGAGAGUUUCAGAAGCAAGGCAAGGACAUGGAGAAGGUCAAGCAGCGACUGGCUGAGAUCGCCAAUUACGUGGACAAGUUCUACCGGGCUCUGAAUAUCCGCGUUGCCCUGGUGGGACUGGAGGUAUGGAGCGAUGUGGACAAGUGUCCCAUCACCCAGGACCCCUUCACCACCCUGCAUGAGUUCCUGGACUGGAGGAAGGUCAAGCUCCUGCCCACGAAGCCUCACGACAACGCCCAGCUAAUCAGUGGGGUCUAUUUCCAGGGCACCACCAUUGGUAUGGCCCCCAUCAUGAGCAUGUGCACGGCCGAGCAGUCGGGAGGAAUCGUCAUGGACCAUUCAGACAACCCCAUAGGGGCCGCGGUCACUCUGGCCCACGAACUCGGACACAACUUUGGGAUGAACCACGACACCCCAGAGAGGGGGUGUGGCUGCAGGGUGACCGUGGAUCGGGGAGGCUGCAUCAUGACUCCCUCUACGGGCUAUCCGUUCCCCACGGUGUUCAGCAGCUGCAGCAAGAAGGACCUCACAGCCAGUUUCGAAAAAGGCGUCGGGAUGUGUCUGUUCAACAUGCCCGAGGUCAAGGUGCUCUACGGGGGGCAGAAAUGUGGCAACGGCUACGUGGAGGAGGGAGAGGAGUGUGACUGCGGAGAGCUCGAGGAAUGUAUGAAUCCCUGCUGCAACGCUUCCACCUGCACUCUGAAGGGCGAUGCUGUUUGUGCUCACGGACAGUGCUGCCAGGACUGCCAGCUCAAGCCAGCAGGCACUCCAUGCCGCGAAUCCAGUAACUCUUGUGAUCUGCCGGAGUUCUGCACCGGCAGCAGCCCUCACUGCCCCUCCAACGUCUACCUGCAUGACGGCCACGCCUGCCAUAACGUAGACGGCUACUGUUACAACGGCGUGUGCCAGACUCACGAGCAGCAAUGCAUCACACUGUGGGGACAAGGAGCGAAGCCGGCUCCGGGCGUCUGCUUUCAAAGGGUCAACUCGGCAGGAGACCCCUAUGGCAACUGUGGCAAGGACUCCAGAGGCUCCUUUGCCAAAUGUGAAGCACGAGAUGCUAAAUGUGGCAAAAUCCAGUGUCAAGGAGGAGCUAACCGCCCGGUAAUUGGUACCAACGCUGUUUCCAUAGAGACAAACAUCCCCAUGCAGGAAGGAAAAAGGAUACUGUGCCGAGGCACACACGUGUACUUGGGCGAUGACAUGCCCGACCCCGGCCUGGUCCUGACUGGGACCAAGUGCGGAGAUGGACUGAUGUGUCUGAAUCGUCAGUGCCAGAACGUCAGUGUCUUCGGCGUGCACGCGUGCGCAGCCAAGUGCAGCAGUCGAGGGGUGUGCAACAACAACAAGAACUGUCACUGCGAGGCUCAUUGGGCCCCUCCCUUCUGUGACAAGGCCGGUUUGGGAGGGAGUGUGGACAGUGGCCCCAUCAGAUUAGCAAACAGCGGGAAUCUGACCGCGGGCGUCGUGGUGGCUCUCCUCGCCGUGCUGGGAGCUGGUCUGAUCAUCGCCAUCAAGAGGAAAGCUCUCGUGGACCUGCUCUUCACCAGUAAAAAGGACCCAAUUGAGAAGCUCAGAUCAGUGAGCGCCGCAAUCAGCAGCCGAUCGGCGACGAACCCGCCUCAGUCGCUGAGCGCGUCUCCGUCGCGUCCGGCCCCGCCUCUGCCCCCCAGCGCCGCCAUCUUCAAGCCCCAUCACCGGGGGGGUCCAGAGGCGGCGCUCCCACCGGCCCCUUACCCCUCCCACAGCCUGCGCAGACUGCCAAAGUGCCCCCCGGUUCACCUCAGCCACCCCGUCCCCCUGUCUCUCACCUUGUCCCUCUCCCCCGGCCCUGGGCUGGCGAGACCCCCGCUGCCUCCGCCUCACGCCCACGUCGCACCGAGGGGGGCGGCCUUCCGCGGCGCGUCCCGCCAUAACUCCUGCAGGAUGGUCAUGGAGUUGGAGAAGCCCAGUCCCCCUCAGAAACCCCUCCCUGCCGAUCCAAGGAUCUCGCGUCUGGUCCGCAGUCCCUCUGCGGUCCAAAGGCCCUCUCCUGUUUGUGGCCCCGCACCGGCACCUGGCGCGCCCAGGCCCGUGCGCCCCGUCCCAGACGCCAACAGACCCGGUCCCAAGCAACCACCAACACUACCAAAGCCUUGCAUCAUUGCCAACGUCAAAUACAGCAGCUGAGGGGAUGAGGGGACGGCCGGGACGAUGUUGUGACGACACACUACAAAAGAAUUUGCACUAUGAGAACUAUGAAAACCUUAAAAUGUGGCGGCUUCUUUGAGCAUCAGGAGAUCCGCCGUGUCCCUUUGGUGCUCUUUCCCUGAAUGGUGCUACGAGUCUGUGCUCAGGUACAUGUAAAGUAUUUAUCUUCUGUAUUUAUUGCCAUGCAGUAUCUUGUCUACUACGCAGUGGCAACGCCGCAUUUUUUUUUUUAUUCGUAGCUUGCGUCGGUUUGACCAUUUUCUCUGCGCCUCGUCGACUGCUAGGAGGUUAAAACAUUUUUGAAAAAAAGCCAACUUGUGAAAUUCUGUUGGCAGACCAUAUGAAAUGUGUUUUAAUGAGGGGAACCCUUUACAUGGUGUGUUUUUUCUGUAUAUUACAGAAGGAAGAGGCUGGGGGGGUGAAUAGUGUUGUGCAAUGACAGAUGAGAACAACACUUGUUGUUCACGUGGAACUCAAUGUUUAUCAAAGGGGGUAUGCUCUCCGUUGCACCUUAGCCUCAAUCCGACGAGGCUCGAAAUAACCAGAGAGGAAUAAAAAGUUGCGUUACUGCAACUGGAGAAGAGGGGGACUGAAGUCUUGUUUCUUCUGCAUUUGUAUUUUGCGAAGGCAACCUGUCGAUUUGGAAAAUGUCACAGGUUUUCCUUAACAAGACCCAAGAGGCUCGGGGAAGGGAUCUGGGUUCCGAGGUACGGACUUGACGUGGAUCCUGGAAGCGUUCAUUUGUCGGAGGGAGAGCGGAUGUCUCUGAAAUACCGCUCUGCUGAAAGGUCACGCGUGCUUUGGAGCAUUUCCUUGUGUGCCUCUCUGGACCGAGGACUCUGUGUGUGUGAAACCCUGUGAAUGAAUCCCAGAGGACUUCCACCAAGACGUGGUCACGCAGGCGUCAUGGAGGCACUCGCAUCAGCCCGGGUCAGGCUGAGGUGUUCAUGUGUGGACCGACUUGUUUGACAAGGGCGCAUUUCAAUUUCUGCCACUGAAAUGAAGUGUCGUCAUUUUCAAUUAUUUUUAACUUGAAGUUUGUUUGUUUUUUAAAGCCAAUAUAACCGAUCCUACAUGCAUUGUAUUUGUGGUAACUGAAAAUGUUUGCAUAUACAUUCACACAGCUUAAGCACAGCUCUCGUUCACAAAUGUUUAGGCUUAAAGGUGACUUUGAAUUUUUGUUACUUUUGAUACAAGUAUCUUUUUAAUAAUGCAUUAGAUUUAAAUGCAGUGCUUUGUUUACUUUGCUUUUUCAAUGCUAUGUGUUCAUGUACUGUACUAAUACACGUUAUUUGAGUCCUGUCACCUGACUGUGUUAUUGCCAUGUGUUCCUUUUAUUUUAUGUCGUGUUACAGGUGAACACAUAUCCAGGAGGAUUUUUUUUUUUUUUUAAUAUAAUGAUUGUUUGAUACAUCAUAUGUAAAGAAAACACUUACGUGUCUGGUGUUUUAGUAAAACCGUUUUGCAAAGAC